AUGGAGAUCGCGCUGGUGACUCUGGAGAACGGCGGCACCACGGCCAUCGCGGGUGGCGAGGAUGCCGCGGCCGCCGGCGCCCGGGCACGCUGGCGGGGCAACUUGCUGCACAUCGCGGGCUCGCCGCAGCUGAGCGACGGCAAGGAGGGAGCCCCGCCGCCCGCGCCGCCGCCGAUGCCACCGCCGCCGGGGGACGAGGAGCCCGAGCGGCCCCCGCCGGGGGACGAGAAGCCGGAGCGGCCCCCGCCGGGUCCCCGCAGGGGCGGCCCCGAGGAGCGGCCGGCGGAGGGACGCGCCCCCUCCGCGCCGCCCCGGCCGCCGCCCCGCGCCCCGCGCCCCGGCGCGGACGUGGGACCCCCGGAGGAAGGGGGACACCGCCGGGGCAUGGCCAUGGCGGCGGCGGGAGACGAGGAGGAGGAGGCGGCGGCGGCGGCGGCGGUGAACCCGGGCGCCAUGCACCACCAGCGGGUGCUGAUCAACAUCUCCGGGCUGCGCUUCGAGACCCAGCUGGGCACCCUCAACCAGUUCCCCGACACGCUGUUGGGGGACCCGGACAAGCGCAUCCGCUACUUCGACCCGCUCCGCAACGAGUACUUCUUCGACCGCAACCGGCCCAGCUUCGACGGCAUCCUGUACUUCUACCAGUCCGGGGGAAAGCUCCGCCGGCCCGUCAAUGUCUCCAUCGAUGUCUUCGCCGACGAGAUCCGCUUCUACCAGCUGGGUGAGGAGGCCAUGGAGCGCUUCCGGGAGGACGAGGGCUUCAUCAAAGAGGAGGAGAAGCCCCUGCCCCGCAAUGAGUUCCAGCGCCAGGUCUGGCUCAUCUUUGAGUACCCCGAAAGCUCCAGCUCAGCCCGGGCCAUCGCCAUCGUCUCCGUGCUGGUCAUCCUUAUCUCCAUCAUCACUUUCUGCCUGGAGACCCUGCCCGAGUUCAGGGACGAGAGGGAGUUGCCUGUGCCCCUGCCCCCACAAGGUGGAGGUUUGAAUGGCACCACUGGGGACUCCCCACCCAUGCAGCCCCCCAGCAGCCUGGCUGACCCCUUCUUCAUCAUCGAGACCACCUGCGUGAUCUGGUUCACCUUCGAGCUCCUCGUGCGCUUCUUCGCCUGCCCCAGCAAGCCCGAGUUCUCCCGCAACAUCAUGAACAUCAUCGACAUCGUGGCCAUCAUCCCCUACUUCAUCACCCUGGGCACCGAGCUGGCCCACGAGCAGCAGCAGCCCGGAGCUGGCAGCAGCAAUGGGGGAGGGGGCCAGCAGCAAGCCAUGUCCCUGGCCAUCCUCAGAGUCAUCCGUCUGGUCAGAGUCUUCAGGAUCUUCAAGCUCUCCAGGCACUCCAAGGGGCUGCAGAUCUUGGGACAGACUUUGAAAGCCAGCAUGAGGGAGCUGGGCCUCCUCAUCUUCUUCCUCUUCAUCGGGGUGAUCCUCUUCUCCAGCGCUGUCUACUUUGCUGAGGCCGAUGACCCCGAGUCUCAUUUCUCCAGCAUCCCUGAUGCUUUCUGGUGGGCAGUGGUAACCAUGACUACUGUGGGCUACGGGGACAUGAGACCUGUCACUGUGGGGGGCAAGAUUGUGGGCUCCUUGUGUGCCAUUGCAGGUGUGCUCACCAUCGCCCUCCCUGUCCCUGUCAUUGUGUCCAACUUCAACUACUUCUACCACCGGGAGACUGAUCACGAAGAGCAAUCCAUCCUCAAAGAUGAGCACAGUAGUGCUCAGGGCAGCACAGCGGGGGCAGAUGCGAAGAGAAGACCCAGUACAAACUCUCUGAACAAAUCUGUUGUGCACUUGGAAAACAGUGAGGAGUUCAACAAUGGCACCAGCUCCAUAGAAAAAGCCACUAUCAAGGCGAAAAGCAAUGUAGAUCUCAGAAAAUCCCUCUAUGCUCUCUGUCUGGACACCAACAGGGAAACAGACCUGUAAGGAGAGGAGAGAGUUAGAGUUCAGAGAUGUAGAAAGAUUUACUGGUGUCAGAAACUUGCUACUAUAAUUAUUCUUUUAGUACCAAUUAGUUUUUUAAGUCAGGCUGUAUUUUCUAAACUGAUCACUGUCCUGAGCAGUCCUCCAGGAAUACAUGUUUUUAUGUUCUUUUUCCAUGACACAAAGGGUCACCUAUUUUUAAAGUAGACUAAGAAUAAGCUACGCUCCAUGAUGCAGGAGCUGGUAAAUUAUGACAGUGAAAAAUCUAAUUUGUAGAAACUUAUUGUAGCAAUGGUGGUUGGUUUUAAAUGGGUAAUUUGUAACCAAUUCAGUUGCUCCAAGUUUAGUAUUAAAGAGUUGGGGGGAUGUGUGUGUGGAGAAUGAAUGGAUCGGGGGGGAGGGAGGUUGAGGGCUUUUGUACUGUAGUUUCAAAUUGAAAUAAUUCCAAUAUAUUUUAUACCUGUAUGAGUGUAUUUAUGGUUGAGAGGGGAUUUCUUAUUCCUGUGAAAUAUGACAUCAUUAAAGCACUAGGAACAUUAGCAGAUCAGCACUUUCAGAGUUUUCCACUUGUGAUCAAUACAGAUCUGGUUAUCCUGUAUGUGAAGUGAAUUUGGUGCUUUGAACCCUGUAGCAGAAAAAUUCUGUUGUCAUUGAUAUGUUAGUUUCUUGUGAGCCUUAAAUUAUUAAAUAUUGUAGAUAUACUUCUUUAUAAAUAAUUUUAUUAAUUACCUUCCUGUUUCAGAAUUUCUAAAUAAUUCAGUCAUGUGCUUACUGUCCCCACUCUGAAAGUAUGUGCAGCUUUUUUUUUUUUUGGUAGUUUUAGAGUUUUAUACCUUUGUUAUAUUUUUGAGACUGAAAGUAUCUUUUCUGUCUGCUGUUACUGGUUUCGAUCCAAGUGCACAACAGAUCAAAAGCAUGAGGGAGUGGACAGACAUAACAAGAAAGUAGAAUAUCAGUGCAAUAUCUGCAAAACUGUUUUCGUUGUACGCUCCAGAUUACUUUGGCACGUGUAUCAGUCACCUUUCUGUAUCCACACACCACUUGUGUACACAGUUCACUGAUUUUAGUAAUAAUGGACUGGGAAUGGAUGGCACCUGAGGAGUCUAAUGUGACAUGCCGUGAUACUUCAAUAACCAUCGCGUGGCUUAUAUCUCAGACUGGGAUGGAGAGCAUCAUCUUUCAUCAGAACACAUCCUUGUUUGCUUUUUAUUUCCAAACAAAACCUUCUCAGUGCUGUGGAUUUUACAGUUAAGAUGACGUUGAAGGACGAGUGACACAUUCAUUGUCUUCAUCAGCGUGGUACAGUUUGCUAGUGAAGACUGACAGAAGGUUGCUCCUUUAACUCAAAGAGCUUUUUUUCUUGCAAAGGACAUCUCUGUUUCCCCCUCAAACUCCUGUUUUAUUGCUGAAGGAUGUUCCAUGCCUUUCCCACACACAGUGGCACAGCGAGACUAGCAGAAAGAGAAGGCUUGGUUGUCAACGCUCCAGGUUUGUUUCUGACAAAUUUUCUAAUAUAACUAAGUAAAUCUCAGUUGGGAUUAUAAUUUAUGCAAGUACCUCAGAUAUACGUACUGCCGUAAAUUUAAAUCAGCUUUGCAGAGCAGUGCUCUGACAUUCUCUUUAGCCAGACACAAAUGCUGCUUCCCUGCCCCUUACUGUGGCCCCCCAAUGAUAAUGCCCAAAUGCAUCAUGUUUUUUUCCUUCCCAUUCAGUAAAAUAAGUGCCAAGCAAGUUGUAUUUUUCAUGAACACAGAGCUCAGCCCAAACCCCCGGGGUGAGAGGAAGGAUGUUGAAUCUCAUAAUAGAGAACAGCAUCUUUCACGUUGAGGUGUAGGUUUCUUGUGUAUUUGUUUAUUUAGCUGGGAAGCGAUGCCAUAAUAUGCUGAGAAGCUGCAACAAGACUGACAGGCAAAGUGUGCGGUGCAGCUGCACUCCAGACUCAGGCAGAUCUCCUGUUUGCUUUGAUGGGAGUUUUUGCAUCAAGGGGAAGUGCAGAAUCAGCUCUUUGGGGAGGCUGAAUCUAAGAUGAAACAAAGAAGUGCUAUAAUUCCCUGUUGCACAUGCUGAGAUCUAGAUCACUGAUGAACUUAAAGCUUUUUGCUCAGAGCGACCUGGAGCCCUGGCAGUAGCGCUGUUCUCCAGAUGGCUUUUCCACGGCAUCGUCUUCCGUAACACACCAGUGAGCCACGAGACUGAGACAGAAAUUCCAGUGUGGGGAGGGUGUGAGUCAUGAGAUGAUCCUGACCAUUAGGAAGACACUGCUGCAGACUCUGAAACCCAACCCAUCUAUCUAUUCCUCGUUCUCAAGAAACCUUGGAUUAGAAGUUGCCGAAAAAUUUCCUUCUGGAUAAAUAACUGUGAUGUUCCCACCAAGCACACGUUCCCAGUGAGUUGGAUUUCUUCACUGGGAUUGUUGAAACACUGUCCUGCUUGGAGGUCUCUCUUGUAGAGGAAUUGUUCAACUCCACAAAAGGAGUGAUAAAAGUUAAAAUGCUUUGCAUUCGCUCCCAGGCACAAGACUUUAUUAUUUGAGAUUCUGUUUGGAAAUAAAUGAGUUCUUGUCAUAGAUUGGGCAUCUUCUACCGUGGUUCUUACAUAUCAAAAUUUCUCAUCAUUCUGGAAGAAGAUUUGAGUGUUUGUUCUCUUUCUUUUCUUGCCAUUCAUCUUUGUUUAUUUAUUUUGUAUUCUUGAGAUGUGCUUCAUCUCUGGAGUUUGUAUUUCUACUUUUAGCAUAAAAAUGCUGUACAUACAAGUCUAGAAUGCAUCUGAAGAUUAGUCUAAUUUUUCAUGUGACUUUGACUUGAACAUUUUUCUGUUUCUGUUUAUAUUGCUAUUUCAAAUAUGUGCAUUACCUGUAUUCUUUAUGCCUUUUCCCCAUCUAUAACUCAAUAAAAUAAUGUCCCCAUUCUGCAGAA